AUCGUCUAGAGCUCGGUUUGCUUACAGUGAGUCAGGAUCUCGAGAAGAAGCGAAGUCGACCGAUAAUUCAGCAUAUAAUAUAACGCCUUUAAGUUCAAUAUAUAUAUAUUUUAAUCACAUUUAAGUCCAGUUAUGCCAUCUGACAGACCCUUCAAACAGAGACGGAGCUUUGCUGACCGUUGCAAGGAAGUGCAGCAGAUACGAGAGCAGCAUCCUAAUAAAAUCCCGGUGAUCAUUGAGAGGUAUAAGGGAGAAAAGCAACUUCCUGUCUUGGACAAGACCAAGUUCCUCGUCCCUGACCAUGUUAACAUGAGUGAGCUGGUAAAGAUAAUCAGGCGUAGACUGCAGCUCAACCCCACCCAGGCGUUUUUUCUUCUUGUCAAUCAACACAGCAUGGUCAGUGUGUCCACCCCCAUUUCUGAGAUCUACGAACAAGAGCGAGAUGAAGAUGGCUUCCUCUACAUGGUUUACGCCUCCCAGGAGACCUUUGGUUGCUAAGCAGGCCACUCGACCUUUGAGGGAGGGACAGCAGCGGGAGGGAGGGAGAGACGUCAACAGGAAGCAGGCUCACCCAAAUGUUCCCAUCUCUCUCUCUUCUCAUCAUCCCUGCGCUCUCCUCUCUUGCUGGUAGAAACAAAAUAAAGCCGUUGAUUCUUCUCCGUGUGACACUACAGUGCAAACCAUAGCCAUAUACUGUAAACACUAUUAAGACCCUUUGUCCCAUUGUAAACUUACUUGUUUUUUUUAUAAGCUCAGCGUAGGUUUUACACUGUUAAUGCUUCGUAUUUGGCCCCAGUUGCUUUUCCCCCUUGCAUUUUAUUAUUAUGUCAGAUAAUUAGAAACACAUAUUGCUGUAAAUAGACAAGAGUGUUUUUUUUUUAGGAUUAAUUUUCUUUUUCUGUCUGUUCGCUUGUAGUCAUUACCUGUUACCAGACCUUAGUGGUGCUGGUGUAAGAUUAUAAAGUCUUACUUCAGAAUUAAGUGCUUUUUUCAAACCAAGUGAUUAAUCAUAAUGCAGCAUAAUUCUCAUCAAGACCCAUUCUGUGAUUCCCGUGAUAAAACUGUAAGACCAGUGGCUCCAAAGGUGUAGUUAUAAAUAUGAAUUGAACUGUCAGAGGGUUUCUGAAGCCUUUAUGAGCCUGUGUUUAUUUCUGGACUCCUGUGUAAAAAUAACUCAUCAUUUACUCAUUGUAGAAUUAAAGGUAACAUUGAUCUGUACUGUACACAUGUGAGCCAGAAGAACAUCUGAAAUCUUAUGGCAUACAGUAUUCUGCAGUCAGACUUGCAUAAUAUUUAGUAGAUGCAAAUAAAUUGCUUUUUUUGCACAAUUCAAACAUCUAAGAGGACAAAACUAUUAGAAGGUCAUUUAUAGCACAUAAUUAUAUUCUCCUUUAUACUUGUUUUUUUUUCCUCCUGUGUCACCAUACGAACUGUAUGCCUUCUGUUAAAUCUCAAAUGAAGGGAUAGUGAUGCACUACUUUGCAUGUGUUUUUCUCAACCUUUUUAUAUAUUGAUUUCUGCUAUAGAUUUGUUAAUUAUUUCAGCUUUAUUUAUAGCAAAAAAAGAAUUUGUAGAUGUUUUGAAACCAAAAGAAAAAAAAACUAAAUAUGUAUGUCUAUGUAUGUUUGAAAAAUGUGUGUGUAUAAAUCAUUGUAUGAUUGA